GAUUUCAAAACGCUGCGGUCCGCGCGUAGGGAAAUUCCGGUUCGUUGUCCGCUGAUCGCAGUCGGCGGCCGUUUCGGAAGAUAAGAGUUAUCACUCGCUGCUGUCGGACCAGUGUCAGCUGCUACGGUCGUUUCGUCGUCGACAAAAUGAAUGUUAUCGCCGUGGCGCGUGUUCAGUCUUCCAAACGUUCCGCCAGCUACUUGUAGUGAUCGACACGUUUCGCGUUCCCGUUUCGAUCGGCUCGUCGUCCGAUCCGUCACCGGUCACCGUUCACUCGUACCGCUGCUGCCAUCGCCGUUAAUCUUCCGCGAAUUAGGUAUCGUGCAGCACGCCUGCCGAAUAGUGAUGGUCAGGUGGUAUUAGCGUUCGUGGAAAACUUUUGAAGUUGAAAACCAAACGAAAUGAGUGCUGGUAACCAGUCGUCGAUCGACGUCUCGUUUGCCGGUAACGUCGGCGAGAAGAUACCGUUGGUCAACCGUCGCCGUCAGGUUUUCGACUAUUUCACGCGCCUGUUCACUAACUCAAACAAUGGCUCUGAUGAAUCAUCGAAAGACGGCUACGUCGAGUUCGGAAAUAUUGGCGAGGCUACCAGUGGCCGUACGCUGGGUCCUUUUGCUGGAGUUUUCGCGCCCGUCUGUCUGUCAAUGUUCAGUGCCUUGUUGUUUCUGCGAGUGGGGUUUGUCAUUGGUAAUGCUGGUCUUGUUGAAACUCUUUUUCAAUUUGCCAUCGCUUAUACUAUUAUUGUUUUUACUGUUAUGUCUGUUUGUGCUAUAUCAACCAAUGGUGCUGUUGAAGGAGGCGGUGCUUAUUUUAUGAUUAGUAGAACGUUAGGUCCAGAACUUGGUGGAUCAAUUGGAACAUUAUUUUUCCUUGCAAAUAUUGUUAGCAGUGCUCUUUGUCUUACAGGAUGUGUAGAGGGUCUUAUUGAUAACUUUGGAGAGUCUGGUUAUUUAAUGCCAGAAAAUAGUUAUAUUUUAGCUGAUGGCCAUUGGUGGAGAUUUACCUAUACAUCGUUGUUGAAUUUUUUAAAUUUAUUAAUUUGUUUAAUUGGUGCUUCAUUAUUUGCAAAAACUACUGUGAUUAUAUUUGCAAUUGUUGUGAUAUGCUUAUUAUCUUCAUUCAUUAGUUUUUUUCUAAAGUCUCCACAACAAAUUGAAGUACCUGCGGCAAAUAUUUUUGUAAAUGAGACCAACACUACUGUUUUCUUAAAUUAUACAGGCUUUAGUUUAACAACUUUUACUGAAAAUUUGGGCCCUAAUUUUGGGUAUGACUAUACUUCAAAUAAUAUUGCUGUAAAUUUUUCAUCAGUAUUUGGAGUACUUUUCUGUGGUGUAACUGGAAUAUUAGCUGGAGCUAAUAUGUCUGGUAAUUUGAAAAAUCCUUCUCAUAGCAUACCUCGAGGCACACUUGGAGGAGUACUGUUUACUUUCAUAUCAUACAUUAGUUUAUCCGUUCUUGUGGCUGCUACAUGUUCACAAAAAUUACUCCAAGAAAAUUAUGUCUUUCUGAUGCCUAUUAAUAUUUGGCCUCCUUUUAUUUCCAUUGGUAUAUUGACGGCCACAUUUUCAGCUAGUCUUAGUUGUUUGAUUGGCUCCAGUAGAGUACUUGAAGCAUUAGCAAAAGAUUGUAUUUAUGGUCGGUUAUUACAUUUUGUUAACUAUGGAGUUUGGCGGUCAAAUCCUGUUGCUGCAGUUGUUUUUUCAUGGCUAUUGGUACAAAUGAUUUUAUUUAUUGGAUCACUCAAUGUAAUUGCUCAACUGAAUUCCAUUCUAUUUUUAUUAGCAUAUGUAGCAUUAAAUUUAACUUGUCUCGGUUUGGAUCUUACAUCAGCUCCUAAUUUUAGGCCAUCCUUCAAGUAUUUUUCUUCAUGGACCUGUUCCUUAGGGCUAAUGGGGAGUGUUGUAAUGAUGUUUGUUAUAAAUCCAUUCUAUGCUUCAACAAGUUUUGGUUUGUGUUUGUUACUUAUACUUUUAUUACAUUUCUUCUCUCCCUGUGAAGCUACCGAAUGGGGAUCAAUAUCUCAAGCUUUAUUAUUCCACCAGGUCCGGAAAUAUCUGCUGUUGUUAGAUUCUAGAAAAAGUCAUAUUAAAUUUUGGAGACCUCAAAUGCUAUUGAUGGUUGCUAAUCCUCGUUCAUCUUGUCCAACUAUAACUUUUGUCAACGACUUAAAAAAAAGUGGUUUAUUUGUGUUAGGACAUGUAAAAGUUGAUGAAUCAGAGAAAAAUUUAGAUUAUACAGACAAGAACAUCUCAUCUUGGUUGGGUCUUGUUGAUCAUGUGAAAGUGAAAGCAUUUGUCGAACUUACUGUUGCCAAUAGUGUAAGAGAAGGACUGCAUCAUCUUAUACGAUUAUCAGGUAUAGGAGCAAUGAAGCCAAAUACUGUUGUAUUUGGGUUCUAUGAUGACAAAGUACCACUUGACUAUUUUACAAGGUUAGAUUCUGCAUAUAAAACUACUGCAUUUCAAGGAAUUACAGCUAGUGAUGAAAAAUUUUGUCUAAGAUCUCCCAAUGAAGAAAAACAUUUAGGUGCCACAGAAUAUGUGUCGAUGAUAAAUGAUGUGUUUUUAAUGCGCAAAAAUAUAUGUAUUUGUCGACACUUUGAUUUGUAUAAUAAAGCCGAUAUAAUUAAGAACACCAAGUACAAGUAUAUCGAUGUAUGGCCUGUUAACUUUUUUGGUCCUUCAAUGAAUGAUGCAUAUGAUACUAGUAGUUUAUUUAUGAUGCAAUUAUCAUGUAUAAUUAAAAUGGUUGCUGUGUAUAAAAAACAUACGUUGAGAGUGCAUUUGCUUAACACUAUUGACAUUCAAAGUCAAAGAUUGCAGCUAAAACAACUGUUGUUUACACUUCGUAUUAAUGCAGUUAUUAAUGAAGUCAUAGAUUGGUCUCAGAUUGAUAUAACAACUUUGGACAGUGAUAGAAAUACUUAUAUUUUAAAGGCAAAUGAACUAAUUAGAAAUCAAUCUUCUGAAACAGCCAUUUGUUUUGUUUAUUUGCCAAUGCCAAAAGAAUCACAGGGAUCAGAUCUGCAAAAUAUUAACUAUUUAAAUGCUCUUACUGAUUUGACUAAUAAUUUACCACCUACAGUUCUUGUACAUGGAGUAAGUGUUGUUACAUCCACAACUUUAUAAUAUAAUCUCUAUUCAGUGGAUUUUUAAAUUGUAAUUUUAUUAAUCUACCAUAUAAAACUAUAAUUUUAAAUGUAUUGAAACUAAAAGUAAUUAAGAUACUGAAAAGAAUUUAAUAUGAAUUAACGUGUAU